AUGAGAAGUAUCGAAUAUCGCACGCUUGCAACAGACUGCAUCUUCUUGCAAUUCCCCUCAUCAAAACUGAUUCCGGCGUCGAAGCACAAUGGCGGAAAGGUUCCUGCGAUGAAUCUGUUCAGACAAAGGACGAAGGAACAGGAAGAGAUAAGGCAUUACUGCGAGACGCAUCAGCUACCGCAACUUCUGGCUCUUCUUCUUAAUCGUCUCGCGCAAAAGAAAGAUCCCCAUCCUAAGCUGUUUUCUGUAGGUCGAUGCUCAUCCAACAGGCGAUGA